AUGGAGUCUUCCUCCUCUUUUCGAUUCAUACCCCUCUUGAUUCUUACCCACACCAUGUUUUUCAAUUUUAAACCAGUUGGAGUUGUCCAUGUUCCCCAAGAUCUUUAUACUAGACCAGGAAAUAGCUCUGAUCUUUAUACCAGAUCAAGAAAUAGUUCGAUUUCUCCUCCUCCUCCUCCUCCUCCACCACCACCACCACCACCGUCUCCAUUUCUUCCCCCUCCACCACCUCCACUGCCUCCUUCUCCGGUUCCGGCGCUGUUCGUAAUUGGUGACUCUUCUGUUGAUUGUGGGACCAAUAAUUUUCUUGGAACAUUUGCACGAGCAGAUCGUCUUCCUUAUGGACGUGACUUUGAUACCCAUCAACCCACCGGAAGAUUCUCCAACGGAAGAAUCCCUGUCGAUUAUCUUGCAUUACAUCUUGGCCUCCCAUUUGUCCCAAGCUUCUUAGGUCAAAGUGGUUCUGUUAAUGACAUGAAACGCGGGUUGAAUUAUGCAUCUGCUGGUGCUGGAAUCAUCUUCUCCAGUGGAUCAGAACUGGGUCAACACAUAUCUUUCACUCAGCAAAUUCAACAGGUUAUGGAUACCUUCCAACGGUUCAUACUAACAAUGGGUGAGGCUGCAGCAUCAAGUCUCAUCACAAACUCCAUUUUUUACAUUUCAAUCGGGACUAAUGAUUACAUACAUUACUAUUUGCCCAAUGUAUCCGAUGUACAAUCCAAAUACGUCUCAUGGAAAUUUACACAGUUUUUAGCCCAAUCAAUGAAACAAGAGAUAAAGAAUUUGUACAAUGCGAAAGUGAGGCGAGUGGUGGUGAUGGGACUAGCUCCAAUCGGGUGUGCCCCAUACUACCUAUGGCAAUACAACAGCACAAAUGGGGAAUGUGUGAAGGAGAUAAACAACAUGAUAAUGGAAUUCAACUUUGUUCUAAGAUACACAGUGGGGAGAGCUUCGUAA